UUCAGAUUGCAGUAUUUUGAAUUAUGUCCGCGGAAUCAUUCUGUUUCAUUAAAUAAUGUAAAUCGACAAACCUGAUUGAUUAUGCUGUUUGACCUGUGCGACUAAAACCAGCGAAGCAGCAGUGAAGAUGGUGAGACUGCCAUGGGACCAAACACACCUGUAUGACUGUGCUCAGAAUAGUGCACAAAAAUCAGUUCUUGGAUAUAGUGGAUCACAUCUACAGAAGACCUGAACUUCAAAGAGUGUUAAGAGUGCUAAACCAAAAGGAGGACCGAGAUCUGCAACGUAAGCUAAACAUGUUGGAUAAACAGCACCGAUACGCCCAGAAAAUGCUUCAACAGCGAAGGGACAAACUGCUAAAUGAAGCAAGACAGGUGGUGAUGGUACAAGUCUGUGAACCAAAAGCUACAGUCAGCAUCGCUAUAAAAGAAAUCACCGAGUAUGAAAGAAAUGGAGACGCAAACUUCUCCAGGGCGACAUACACAUCUGCUGGGCGAUUGCGUUCUAGCAAAUCCAUCUGUGAAGGAUCUAAACUCGUGGAACGAGGUCGGUCUAUAUCGGCACCACCACCAUCCACUAAACCCACAAGUUCUGUGAGACACAAAGGGAAAGUCCAGAGCAACCUGUCACUUAUGCAGAUGAAAAAGAUGGCAACUAUUGACUCAAUAUCAGAAAAAGAGCUGGCCAAGCAACAGCAGAAAGCCCAAGAGGAAAUGGAAAGGCUGAGACUGCUUCAGAGAGAGAUGUUACACAAGAAGGUGAUGGAAUUUAUAGAGAAGCUGAAAGAUAAAAAAGACAUGGAGGUUGUUACGAAACUUUCGUAGAGGAAUUCGAAAGUUGGGAAACUUUUAGUUUUUCACAACUCAAUAUCUUAAAAAAGUAUUUUUUAUUAGUUGUUUGAUGUGCAACAAACUCCAUGACUGUGCUGAAACUGAAUCUCUAAAGAAUGUGCUGCUGAAAAAUUACUGCACACUUACUGACAACCGCUUGCACUAGAC